AAUCUUUAAUCUUUAAAUUAAUUAUUUUAAGAUUAAUUUAAGAUUAAUUUAAUAUGAUCAUGGUUUUGGUUUGUUGCACAACCAGAGAAGCAUAAAUAGCAUGUUUGUUGUAACUUGCAAGUUACAACUCACCAUUUGUAUGUCAGGCAAAGCGACACUGAAUAUCUGAUUUUGCACUUCGAAUGGUUUUCAGCAGCUGCUUCUCGCCCACCUGAGCCUAAUGGUCAAUCGCUCGUAAAUGUCUUCAGAGCGUGGAUCAACACAGUCGGCAUGCAAUCCCUUGGCUAUUGGCUAUUGUUGCAAUCCCUGCUACUUGUGCUGCUAUUGUUGCCAUUGAGGCCGGCCUGUACAUUGUUGCCACCGGACCUGUCGCUCGUGCCGCUCGUGUCGCUAUUGUUGCCCGUUCUGCUGGCUGCUCCUGCUCUUGCAGGGCUAUCUCUAUCACUCACGACUCCAGAGGCUAUCUCUCCUUAUCUCCCAGAGCCACGAAAUGAUCAAAUUGCCAAACCACCACUGUUUGGCUCACUUUCGGUUCGUCCACACGCAGCUCCAAGGUGGUUGUACACACCUGCCGUUAAGGUUCAGUGUCUUCACUACAGACUCACUCUAGACUCACUUUAGACUCAAUUCCAAUUCUUCCAACCCGCUGUGUGUCUCUAGCCACUUUCCACACUACUGUGCUCUUUUCCCAUUUUCCGUC